UUACCACACGAGACGCACGCAGCUCUUCCCCGCGUUCAAAGCAGUGCAGCAAAAUGGCUUUGAUUUACUUUCUGACGCUGUUCGUGGCCGCUAACGCCGUCCCAGUGAGGCAGAACCAAGGCUGCAAUUUCUUCGUCAGUCUUCCCGCUGAUGGAUCGACCAGUAUGCUGCCUCCCUCUUGCAACACAUUUGGGUAUAGAUAUUGUACUUACGGGGCGGACUCACCUCCUGGCACCACCAUCCAGAUGCAGUGCUCCAUUAACAUAAACUCCGGCUCCUAUUUCUCUUUCUUCCCCAGUGGAUCCAUGACAGGAUCUUACAUCUACUGGACCGCCGCUCAGGGAGAUAUCCAGGAAGUCACGGAAAGCAACGCGUUCCUAGUUGUGUUAUCUGAUUUCUGUGACACUUUUUUCUCCUGCACGCUGAAUGUGCUCGAUAACGCCUCAGCGACUACAACAGAUUCUGCUUCAACAACCUCUGCUGAUCCAGCAUCAACCCCUGCUAAUGAAACACCAACCCCUGCUAGUGAAACACCAACCCCUGCUGGUGAAACACCAACCCCUGCUAAUGAAACACCAACCCCUAUGACCACACCAGCAACACCCUCCAACAACACCGACUGUGACUGCGGAAUCAAAAACGAAGAGCGCGUAGUUGGCGGCCAGGAAGUGAGCGUGAACGAAUGGCCGUGGCACGCGGGACUGAGAAGGACAUCGGACCAGGCCGUCUUCUGUGGGGCAGCACUUAUACACUCUAGAUGGUUAGUGACAGCCGCUCACUGCUUGAUAUAUUCGCCGACGGCCAUAGUUGCGCUACUGGGUUACCAUGACGUGACGCAAGCACAGGCAAGUGCAUAUGCUAUCACUGUAGCCAUCGAAUCUACAAUUCGGCAUGAAGCGUACGACGCCGAUACAGUAGACAAUGAUAUAGGUCUUGUUCGGCUUGCGACCCCCGUUACCUUCAACCAGGGCAUCCGACCGAUUUGUCUGCCGGUUUCCUUCGUCAACGAAGAUUUCCAGAAUGAAUCCGGCGUCGUGACAGGCUGGGGCACAACCUCGUUCCUAGGAGAAGUAAGUAACUUGCUGCUGGAUGUAGAACUACCGGUUCUUACGACUGCUGAAUGCACGGGAUUCUACGGAGACCGGAUCACGGACAACAUGAUAUGUACAUACGAACCAGGGUUCGACGCCUGCCAGGGAGACUCCGGGGGUCCUCUCUCGUGGUUCUCUGGAGGGAACUAUUACUUGAUCGGCAUCGUAUCCUGGGGAGAAAACUGCUCGGCGGUCAACUACCCAGGAGUCUAUGCCAAAGUCACUAAGUACACCGGUUGGAUACAGAACAAUGUAGCCGAGGCAAUUUGCUCGCCGUAAGAAAGAAAAAAAAAGAAAGGAAAAGAAAAAGAUAAUAAAAACAACAUUAUGGCAUGAUUUGAUGUAGUACUAAGCUAUUGGCAUUUUGUAUUCAUACCCUAUCAUUUUGUGAACCUGAAAUUUUGUUUUGAUUAUAUAAAAUAUUCCACUAA